AUGUCAAGCUACGCGGAUAAUGGGGACGAGGCGGGUUCAGGGGAAUGCGAUGCGGAACGAUCCGCCGUCGAAACCGCCCCCUCCACGAUUUCGCCCCUGCAACCCCACUGGCGCCAACACCGCGCUCCCCCGGGAUCACUCUCUUAUUCCCCACCGUCGCCCUACGCGCUUCCUCAUAGCCUCAACUCCCCGGUCCCCUCGCAAUCACUCCCCUGCCCCGUCGCUGUCUCUCCCCUACCCCCGCGCGUGCGUCCCCCAAUCCUCUCCCCUGUCCCUAUCACUCCCCUUCCCCCCACGCGACCAUUCCCCUGCCCCCGUCACGAUCACCCCCUCUCGCUGACACGUCCUCGCCCCUUCCCCCUCGCUCGCGUGCACGUUCCCCCCACCUGCGCGCCCUCCCCUUCCCACGUCACCAGCACGCCCCUUCCUCGUCGCACUCUCUCCUUUUCCCCCUCCACUCGAGUGCCGCCCUCCCCUUCCCCUCCGCAAGCACUCUCCUCCCCCACUGCUAUCACUCCCCUUCCUAGUCGCCCUCUCUCCCCUUCCCUCUCCACACUCGUCAACCACCCCCCCCCCCCCCACCUCACGCCCUCCCCUUCCCCUUCGCAGGCACGAUGCCUGCUCCUGAGCUAUCUCUCCCUUUCCCCACCGCUAGCCAUCUCCUUCCCCACUGCUAUCACUCCCCGUCCCUAA